CAGGGUCGCUGCGCAUAAUGCUGCCAGAUUCUUUAUUAACUGGAUUACUCUUCCUCUUCUAUCGGAUUUAGAGGAGUUUAAACUAUAUUAUCUGUUUUAUAAAGGGACCCUGGCAUGAGAGGAACACCUAGGGAGUGUCUGGAGAUUUAAAAAACAAACUUUUAAUGUGUUUUCUGGAGUGAAAGUUGCGUUGGAAGCGGAGCUCAGCAUGCCGGGUAACGGAGGAGUUUACGCGGUGAAGAGGAGGAAGAAGCCCGCGCAGAAAAGUGCCAAGCCUCCGCCGGUGAAGACCAAUCCGUCCAAACGCCACCGCGACCGUCUGAAUGGAGAGCUGGACCGCCUCACCGCCAUGCUGCCGUUCUCCGAGGAGGUCAGAGGUCGCCUGGACAAACUGUCUGUGCUGCGGCUCAGUGUGGGAUACCUGAAGGUCAAGAGUUACUUCCACGCAACGCUCCAGAAGCACGUGAGGUCGGCUCCUCUCGUGUCUACAAACGGCAGAAACGGACCGUCGGUGUCACUGGAUGGAGUCAGUUUCUCAGAGGGGGAACUCCUUCUACAGGCUUUAAAUGGUUUUGUGUUGGUCGUGACGACGGAUGGCACGAUCUUCUACACGUCCCCGACCAUCCAGGACUUCCUGGGCUUCCAUCAGUCCGAUGUCGUCCACCAGAGUGUUCUUGAUCUCGUUCACACGGACGACAGAGAGACGUUCAAGUGUCAGCUCCACUUCGCCCUCAACCCCAACGACACCAGAGCAGAAGACGGCCAGUCGAGCAGUAAUAAAGCGUUGAGCAGCUCACUGAGCUUGUUGCCUCAGUACGUCCCUCCAGAGAACUCGUCCUUCCUGGACAGAAGCUUCUGCUGUCGCCUCCGCUGCCUCCUGGACAACACAUCUGGAUUCCUGGCUCUAAACUUCAACGGGCGUCUGAAGUACCUUCAUUUGAAGGGAAACACCGGGGCUGAUGGGACGGCGGCUCCUCCUCAGCUGGCUCUGUUCGCCAUCGCAACGCCGCUGCAGCCUCCUUCAGUCAUGGAGAUCCGGACCAAGACCCUCAUCUUCCAGACCAAACACAGGAUGGACUUUGCUCCUGUGGGCAUCGACACCAGAGGGAAGCUGGUUUUAGGAUACUCAGAGAUCGAGUUGGUCACGCCCAACUCCGGCUAUCAGUUCCUCCACGCCGCUGACAUGAUGUACUGCGCUGACAACCACCUCCGCAUGAUGAAGACCGGAGACAGCGGCUUCACCUUCUUCAGGCUGCUGACCAAAACGGGACACUGGCUGUGGGUUCAGGCCACCGCCAGGGUCGUCUUCAAGGGAGGAAGACCGGACUUCAUCAUUGCUCGCCAGAAAGGCCUCACAAAUGAAGAAGGAGAGGAACACCUGCGCCAGAGGAGACAGCAGCUCCCGUUCAACCUCGCCACCGGUGAAGGCGUCCUGUACGACGUCUCUCUGGAGACAAUCCCCGGUCCUCCUGGCUCUGGUGCACCGGGCCCCGCAGAGCCCACGACAGAGAAACCUCUGGACCCGGCCUCCCUGCUGGGAUCCCUCCGCCGGCAGGACCGCUCUCUUUACACCCAGCCGCAGAAACCCAGCCCACCGCUCCCCAUCUUCACCGAGAUAGAGGACCCCGAUGUCGACCGACUCCAGCCGUCCGUGGAGCAGGCCUUCCUGGACAGCCACGCUCUGCUCAGCGUGCCGGGCCAGAUCCACGCCUCGCAGAAGAGGUCGAUCACUGGGGACGCCACGUCGGAGGCCAUGAUUGACUCGUUGGAGCAGAUUUUGGGGGAUCUUGGGGACGGAGGGAUAGACGGUUUUGAGAUUGAGGAGACGGAGCUGAGGGACUGGGAGAACACCCUCAACAGGAUGAAUGAAGAGCGGGAAGACUUGUCGACGGAACUAAAUCACAUCCUGGCCAAUGACGUGUUCUCGUACGUGGAGGAGGCUCUGAGCAGGGAGACCGGUGCGUUUGUGCAGGUUACUGAGUCGAGUUUAUCCGUCCAAGGUCAGCAUCCUGGAUCUGUGUGGCAUCAAACGACAGACUUUGUAGAGCCGGCUCUGUUGGGAGACGUUCGUGGUUGUUCGACUGGACUAAAAGCUGCUUCACAGGCGCCGUGUCGUAACGCUCGCCACGCCUCGUCACCAUGGCCUCCGAGCAGCAACAAUCACCACCGUGGCAACCAGAUGAUUUCAACCCAGUCCUGCCACGCUGACGUGAUGCAACACUCUUGGUUUCCAACUGUAGAAAACAACAGCAGCCAUCAGUGUGGCGUGGAUGUGGCGAACCAGAGCGUACAAUACACGCUAACCGGCUCACAGCAGACUUAUACGCCGCCGCCGCAGCUUCAGAGCCCUUCAGUGUGGCAACAACAGCUGCCGCUGAGUUUUCACAAUCACACACUGACACAUUCCUCACACACACCAGGCAGCGUGAACUCGACAGCUCAGUCGUUCCACCAACAAACGCAGCGUUUAUCCGGCAGCUGCAUGUAUGAAAAAAGAGAAGAUCACAUACCGAACGCUCGGAACGGACCUCUCCUGGGACCUGCCUGCUCCGGGGGAACCACAAACACUCCCUUCGCCCAGCCCCAUCCAGGCAUGGCGGUCAACCGGGGGAUGAUGCAGCAGCAGUCGUCGACCGGCUGCACAGAUGUGGUCGGCUUGGUUCAUCUGAGUGGAGACAACGCUGGUCUGGGAUCAGCUCGAUCAGAGUAUCCUCCCGGAAACGGAUCGUUACAGUCGUCGUUCUUCUGCUGGAACGGUGACGCUCAGAUCCCCAAAGUUCCCCUGAACGGCGUCGCUGACCCGUUUGCCUUUCCGGCCUGUCCUGCUGGGAGCAUCAACUUCUCCCAGAACGCCGGCCCGUAGCCGCUCUGAUCCAACAUCCUGACAGAUAUGAUGAACGAGCACGACGACGAGGACGAGGAGGAGUUUCUCUCCCAGGACACUCGUGGUAUUUUACAGAUGUUGUGUGUCUGCUGUGGAUCACCAGGAAAUCUGAACCUUCUCAUUUCAAACUAAAAACAUUUUGCCGCAUUACAUAAUGUCGGUUUGACUCUUCAAAUAUUUAUCAAACAAUCUUAUCCAAUAAUAAUUAUCUUUUUUACUCAUAUUCACAUUUAUAACCAACAAUGUUGUGAAGCGUCUCUUCAGCUGAAUGGAAGCUGGACCCGACAGGAUUUAUUAUUAAGUGGACUUGAAGAAGGACGUUUACUCUUCACAUGGAGGACCAGUUCACACCAGUUUAACUCUUCUUCCUGUACAUCACAAUGUGAACUCUCUGUUGGUAGUAUCCAGUUUAUAUCAGUGAGGUUCUGAGUGGCGUUUAGAGCCGUGGUUCCCAACCUGGAGUCCGGGCCCCCCUUUAACCUGGGCUUACACUAGGGGUGGGAAAAAAAAUCUAUUCACCUAUUUAUCACAACUUUUUUUUACACUUAGAGUUAGAGUUAUAUUCAUUAAAGAAAGUUGAUUUAAUAAAAUACGACUAACACGUUUAA